UUCAAGUCCUGCUGGUUGCUGAAAACGGCCACUGCCAUGGGGCUCACUUCGUCGGCUGUGGCGUUUCACCAAGAGCUGCCGAAGCAACAGGCGACGGCCGCGGCUCGCCUGGCAGCGCCCGAGUCGUUGCAGAGCACGCUGCUGGUCUUGGCCAUCACCGACGACGCGACGCUAAAAGAGGAGGUCACAGCGGAGCUGAGCCUUUUGGUCUCCCAGCAGCACCACCCCGACGCCCCGCGCCCGGGCACGCGCCCCCUGCGGCUGGCGCGGUUCAUUAGUGCGUUGACGGCGCCCAAGGGAUCCUCAGAAGGUGGCCCUCCUGUACUGCAGCGCUUACGUUCGGAGAGCAGCGCAGUGGCCAAUCUCAGGCGAAGAGAAAGCGACAUCGAGGGCCGGGUGAAGUGGCGCGACCGGUGGACCUUACCGGAGCCUCACCUGGUGCGGCGAGAGCGCGGAGCACGCGGCGCUGAGCCCGGCUCGGUGUACUUGGGGAUGCUGGAGCUACGAGAGUUGGAGGGCUUGCAGACGCUGAUUGGUGAGCCGACGGCGCUGGAGUUGAAGCUGAGCCCUAAGGGACGGCCCUUCCGGAGCCAGGCUUUUCCAUGGAGUCAGACGGCCACCAUGCUCUUGGCGCUCCAUUCAGAAGUCCCACUUCUCGAAUUGUAUGGCCGCGCGGUGGUGGCACUGAUGGAGGAAUUCUUAGAGCGCUCGGCCUACGAGGCGUGCUUCGUGCAUUUGAGCUUGUGCUCCAUGCUGGCCGAGAGCUUGUCCUCGGGCUCGAUGGCGUCCAAACUGGCACAAGUGCUGCCUGAGGGUGGUAGUGCUCCGAGCACCGCGCUGGCCGCAGUGGUUUGCCUCGGUCAGGCGAUCUUGUUGGAAGGGCCCAUGAAAGCGCCGCCCCAGCGCUGUUGGGAUCUGCUGGAGCGGAUGCUCGCAUGCUUCCCGGUAUGCCCGCCACCCACAGCGAAGAAGGUUGAAGUUGAGAAGGAGAAGGAGGACAGAUAUCUGGAUUCCGCCCCUGGUCUUCAAAACUGGUGGCUCUCGGGCGAGCGGCUGGAGCUGUCGCCGGUGGAGCGACUGGGGCUCUUCGAUCAGAGCAUGGCCUUGGUCCGGUGCUUGGCGAUGGCCGAAGCACAGAGCGCCGUGCCGCAUUAUCGUGGCCACCUCCUGUUGCCCUUGCUGCCCCACUUCCACGAGGGCAUGCAGAAACUCACCUGGCCUGCCCUUGGUGGCAAGAAGGCCGGCGAUGUCGUCCUCAUCUCCGACGCCCCUGCGGCACCCGCCGCGGCGGGAGCCGGAGCCGGCGCCGCGCGGCCGACGCUGCUGCGGACGACCUCUGCAGUGCAGGAGAGCUGGGCUGAAGCAGCACAGAGCCUCAGGCAGAUCGCGGGGCGCUUGACGGUGCAUGGGGAGGAGCUGAAGCGCAAUUGCCAGCAGAACGUCGAGUGGAUCAAGGCGAUGUUGCCCUUGAGUGAUGAGGUUUCGGCAGGUCUCUUGAAGGAUGCGGAGCUUUCGCUGAUGUUCUUCGAGCCGAAGAUCGAGGAGUGGCGCGCGGGGGCGCAGGAGGCGAUGAUUUGGCUGCAGAAGGAAGACGAUCGACAGAAGGAGUGCCUCGCGCAGUCGCGCAGCCUUCGAGGGACUCCGGAGGAGGUGCCGGAUUCGCCCAACACGGCGGCCGUGCAAACGCGCUUGGAAUCCGAACACACGGUGCACAGCAUGGCGCGUGCGGGUGAAGCCGUGAUCUUAUCUGUCACAGGUGGUUUACUCUACCUCGCCCAAGCGGCCUCGGGCAAAUCGGCACCUACAUGGCUUCAACAGGGCGAGUCUGGCUUCCUGGAUGGCAACAUCGACACGGCCAAACUGGGUGAGCGUGCAGUGAGCUUGGGCAGCUGUCAAGAUGGUAGCAUUUUGGUGGCGGACACCUCCAACCAUCGCAUCCGCCGAAUCAAUGCGGCCCUCACGCAGAUCGAGACUCUGGCGGGCAGCGGCGUGAAAGGUCAACGGGAUGGCGCUGUCCUCCUUGCGACCUUCAGCGCACCUGUGGCGGUGCUGGAGACACCCUCCGGCAUUCUCGUCCUGGAGGAAGCACAUCCGGGGACGGUUCGAGUGAUCGAAGGAGGCCUGGUGGAUUCCAUCGCGUUACCCAUGGGGCGACACAACAUGAAGGAGGCGGCUGCACUGACCCUCGACAGUGCUGAGGGUCAUGCGUACUUGGCGCACUCCGGCGCUGUCGUCCGGGUCUCCAAGAUCGAAUGUUCUUGGAAGGCGGAAUCGGUGCUGGACUUGAAGGGCAUCACGGGACUCACCCACAUGCGGAACCCUGAACACCCCGAGUCCUAUGGCUUCUUGUUGAGCCGUAAGGACUACCGACUGGGACUCUGGGAUUCCAAGGGAAAAAGCUCCGUGGUGGCGGGUCAGGCCAUGAGCCGUGGCCAGGUAGACGGUCUGGGCGCCGAGGCCCGCUUCUCAGCAUUGGGUCAGCAGCUUGUGCUGAGUGAUGGCUCCCUGUUGGUGGUGGAUGGGAAGCUCGUUCGACGCCUGGUGAUGAAAGCCUUGAGGCAAUCGGAGGUGGCACGUGCUGCCCAGACCUUGGAGCACUCAGCGUCCUUGGCGCAACAACGAGCCUCGCGCUUGAGGGCAGCCUGGACCGAGGUUCUGGAGUUGCUUGGAGGGCCUUUGACCACCGUGGCAGCCACCAGGCGCGCGCUCUGCGAGGAACGCUUCGACCAGGAGUUGUCCCGCGCCGGCAAGGAGGCGCUGGCCUUCAGCGCGGAGCUGCUGAGCAUGGCGCCGUCGCUCUCCUGCGCGGAGAAGUUGAUGCGGAUGACGGGGGAACGGUUGACGCAGGACUUGCAAAUCAAGUUGACCAGCUACUUCUGGCCACCUUGCGUGCAGUCAGAAGGGAGACCCUUUCAGCACAAGGACCUGGAAGCUUUGCAGCGCAUGGCAGCAGGCGGCUUCUUGUCCAUGGAGGCGGCGGUCAACUGCGUUGAUGGAGUUUGGUUUGCACGGCAGGUGGGCUUUAUGCCAGCUCUGGUGGGUCUCUUCGAGACCUUGCGCAGUUGCUUCCCGGAACGCCCGAUGCAUCUCUGCAUGGUGCGCUGGGCGCUGCGGCGCUACGUCCGCAGCAGCUUCACGCGCAUCGCCAAGGAGCUGCAAGACCGUGGUGCGGAUGAUCCAAUGCUCGCAGCGGCCUUCGCUCAGUGGUUGAUGGACACCCUGCGGCCCCUGGACCAAGAGCUUCGCGAUGGCGGCUCUGGAGGACUUCCCUGGUUGUUGGAGGAUCUGCUUUUGGAGCACCUCAUCGGAGAUGGCAUCGAGCCCCGUGGCUGGUUCCUCCAACAGCAUCGCUUGGCGGAUCACUUCGGCCCAGAGCUACGCAAGAGCUUGGUGGUGGCGCUCCGCCGGGUCGCUUCUGAGCUGCCACUGCGGCGGGUCAUCGAGGCCUUGGGCUUGACGGACGAGGAGCAGAACGUGAGCCGAGCUCAGGCAGAGUUGGUGGCCGUGGCCUUGGAGAUCUCCUUGGAGCCCAAGAAGAAGCCCGAGCGGCCCGAGCACAUCCUGCCGGGUACCGCAGGCGGAUUCAAGGAGCGAAAAGAUCUGAAGGAGGCGAAGGAUCCCAAGGAGAUGGAACUGCUGGACGUGCUGAAGUUGGAUUUGUUGUCCUGGUCUCGAGUGCUGCGUUGGUUUGAUCAGGCGCAGGAGCAGCUGCCCGAAGAUCUGCAGAAGCGCUUGGCCAAGUGCAUCGACCCCGUUGGAAAGAUCGGGAUGGAGCUGCUCGCGACGGCGUGUGAGAAUGGCACGCUUUCGAUCACCGCCGUGACCCAGCUGGCGGGCGCCGACCGCCGCGCCGACGGCUGCGAAGCCCUGGAGAUCGCGGGCUACGUGGCGGCCUCCGACGCCUUGCGAGGAUGGCAAAGUCGUCUUGUGGAAGGAACUGGGACACUGCAAAGCCUCGUGGAGACCUGCAAGAGCUUGUGGCCUGAGGAUCCCAAGCUCUUGAUGGCUAUUAGCCGAGCCAAAGAGGUUUGGCCGGAGCUGCCGGUGAAGGGCGCUUUGUCCACACUCAAUGGCGAGGAGACGGGCUACUUCCCCCAGGUGCCGGUCGAGUUGCUCCGUUGCUCCAGCGCACUGGCGCUUUUGGGGCAGAGUGGAGCCUUUAAGGCGCUCUGGAAGCAACACGAGGUUGGCACCUUCAAGGAAGAACAUCUGAGGUCCUCUGCACAGCAGUGGGCUGAGAUCUACCGAUCCCUUGAGAAGCCAGAGGGCUCCAGCUUGAAGCUCUCGCAGUUGGACCAAGUCCUUGAGAGGCUGCAACACCAAGCAGAGCUUCGCUUGAUGGCCGUGACAGGCUGCCCGAGCACCUUGGAGACCUUGACCUGGCAAGCCUUAGAGGACCCGGGCACCUGGGAGGUGCAAGCGCAGCAGUUGGCCCAGAAGCUCUGGCACAGCUGGUCCGUGAAGAUGGCCUUGAAGGGACUGAAGAAGACCCUCGCCUCCCUACAAGAGAUGCUCCUAGAUGAGACCGGGAAGCAGGAUGCUGCAGAAGUCUUGACCGUUCUCCUUCAGUUGGAGGAACAUUUUGCACGUUGGGAGUCCACGCCGUUGAAAGACUCUGUCGAGAUGACCAAAUUAUCUCAAAAGAUCGACCCUCGCCUCUUGAUGCACUCGCAGGAGUUGAUGACAUCGAUUUUUCAAUCCUUUGACCUUCUGCAGUGGCUUCGAAAGAUGCCGGAGGACGCCGACUACCUGGUUCGAGUGGAGAUUGCCUUGGGGCGCUCCGAGAUGGAAGUGCCAACGGAGCUGUGGCUCUCCAACGAAGGCCGAGUGGACGAGAGCAAGCUGUCGGCGCUGACCGCCGUGCGCACCACCUUGCAUGAGCUCAUCUACCGCCCGGCCAAACGCUUCGCCUCCCUGGAUGCCUUGCUGCUCUCGCUCUCUUCCUUGGAGAAUUCCUCGGAAAUCGCAGGCUUGGUGCAUGCCUUGAACUUUGCCAACUCGAUGUACGCACCUUUGUCGGAGCUCUUGGGUGGCAAGGACGCGGCGCUGGCGCGGAUGCUCCAAAUGUUGAAGCCAACGAGCCAUGCGCGGUGGGUGAUGUCCUAUCCCAGGGAGAUUGCACAGCACGUGCCGGACCAGGAGGGCGAAAUGGAGGAGGAGGCCCUGGCAGAGAUCCCUGCCGAAGCGCGCUUGCUCUACUUGCUCCUUAACGAUCCAGGCACGUCGCAGAAGUCGCAGCCGCAGCGGCUGGUCGAGAUCUUGGAUUUCCAGGCUGCGGUGACGUUGGCUGCGAGCACGUCGGAUGCGGCGUUCCAGCAGGUGGGCACCUUCAACGAACAGAUUGGCCUGGUACGCUUGGCCGUGACGGUCGUGGAGGAUCUGCGGGUCACCGGGCAUCCCGAGUUCCAGGAAUUCCACUUGGAGUGGCUCUUAUCCAUGGCCCUGCAGCAGAUGAAGCACAAGUUGAACGAACUUCGAGAUCGCCAGGCCAACUGGCACAGGAAGCUCACGGAGCUACGCCGGAGCCACCCGGUCUUAGGCUUCUUCGCCGCGCGACAGCUGGGUGCCUUGUUGCGACAGCUGCGCCAGGGCGGUGAUGCUCAGGUUGCCGAGGUGUUGGCCGCCGUGGCCUUGACCUGGUCCUGGCGAGGUGCAGAUGGCAGUGCCUGGGCGAAGCGCUUGGCGCAGACGGGUGGCUGGACUGUGGAGGUGCAGGAGGGUCCCGCUUUACUGGCACAAGAUGCUGAGAGCUUGCAGAAGCUGGCAGAUGCUUUGCAGGCCACAUGGCCUGGCGCGACCGCCGCGGCCACGGCUACAGCGGCCCCGACGGCAUUGGCGGAGCCCUUCGAGUGUGGGCCAGGGGCACAGGUGGUUCUCGCCCAAGAUGUGAAGAUGGCCACUGCCAUGGUGCUUUGGCCCUUCCUUUCGCUGAAGCGACGUCCACGGCCGCACGAAGUGCUGCUCUGCCAUCCGAAGUCCUCCACGGAGCAGAUGUUGUUGCUACUCCUGAGGUGGUGCCAGUCCUCGGAGGGCUUCUUUUGCUUGCUCCUGCCCGAAAGCAGCUCCUUUGCCGCCCAACAGACCAUUGUCCAAGCGGUGCAUGAUGCAACAGAUGAGGGUGGGCCAUUGCCCAAGCCGCGCUGCCCGUUGAUGUUGGUGAUCUGUGGCGCUCAAGCUGCCCAGGCUCAGGUGGCCACGCAGCUGAUGGCACACCGCGUGGAGCUGCGACCACCGCUGGAGCUCUUCGCACAGGAGGUGGCUCCAUGGCUCUUAGCAUCUGGCGACCGAGAAGAACUCGGGAUCUCAGUGCACGUGGGCCCGCAUUGCGGGUGUGGCAAGACCUUCUCCGUUCGAAUGACGGCCAAGGAGGCCGACUGUGACUACGCCACGCUGAAGCUUACGGCCUCCAUGGGCAUUGGAAAGCUCAGCCAAGAGCUUCGCACUGCACUCGCGCAGCGAACGGUCGCCCCAGGUGAGGGGACGCCCUGGGCGCCGCCGGGCACUAGACGAAAGCAACUCUUGCACCUGGACUUGAGUGCUGGUCAGCAACUCUUGGACUCGGAGGCCUUUGCCGUGGCACUCCUCGAACUUCUGGUCUUGGGUCGCCUUGGCCGAACGGCUGCCCGGACACCCCAAGCGAUCUUCGAACUUGAGAGCAGGGUCCGUGUGGCUUUGGAGCUGCCCGCGGGCGCCAGUGCGGACGGCUGGCCCCGUGCGCCGCUGCUGGGGUGGCUGCCCGUGGUGAGCUGUUCCUCCGAGGCCGCCAGCUUCCGCGCGGACGAGGCGUCGCUGCGCUUCGGCAUGGGCGCGGCCUUCGCCUCGGCCAGGCAUGAUGGAGUCAAGGAUGGAAGUCCUGCAAAUGCUUACCGGCGCCUUCAGUUCGUGUGCGGUGCUUUGGCCGUCUCCAAGCGUCUCAAGGGCGCCUUUCCGCUGCACUUCCGCGCGAACGACCUCACCGAGCUGUCGGGCGAGACCUGCUACCAGCUGCUGGUGGAGACGGCGAAGCUGCAGCUGCGGCCCUCCUUGUGGAACCUAUGGGCCUUUGUGGAUGUGCUGUACUGGCAGCUCAAGGAGGUGCAUCAUCCCGAGUCCGUGGCCAAUCAAGCCUGUCUUCCGGAGGAGGGAGCUCCCAUGGAGAAGCCCUUGGAUGAGAUUCAGCCUGAGGAUUGCCCCAUCUUCAAAGGCGAGUUGAUUGCCUUCAUCUUACGCACGGCCCGGGAUUUCGCCACCCGGCAGACCAAAAACAACGAGGUGGAUCCGGAGACGGUGGUGGCGGCGGACUUGGUCAACUUUCACCAGGAUCGCUUCUGUGGUCGUUGGCGGCUGCAGCCCUUCUCCAGCGACGGCCAUCCGGUCUUCUCGCGCUUUGACAAGUCGGAGAAAGGCAGCGGACAGUUCUUCCUCUACUACCGGGCCGCCCAGAAGAUGUGGACCAUCGACGCAGAGGUGGAUAAAGUGGCGCCGGCCUUUGCGUACACUCGGAAUUCCAACUACAAGAAGGGCUGGUGGCGUAUGGCAUCUUGGGUGGUCAACAAGGGCAUGCGCGUGCUGACCGCGGAGAAUGUGCUGGGCUUUGGGUGUCAGGCGGUGGUUGUCUCGGGGGUCGAUGAACAGCUCACGGGAUCCCCCGAGGAGUACCUGGUACCGUUGAACGGCACUUACCUUCGACAACCCAAGGAAGACGAUGUGAAUGGACGGGCGCAUUAUGUUUUGGAGAAACCACGGCGUCACCUCUUCUUUGACGUCGGUAUGGAUUGCUGGUGUAUUGCACACAUUUGUCAUUCCGACGAGGGUGUCUAUGCCAAGUCGUGCAGCAAGACACUGGUCUCUCAAUAUUUGACCAUGGGCGUGGAUCAGAAGGUGCCGGAGGCCAUGGUGACGUUUGUGACCGCUGGGCAGGAGGCCACUGCCACCACCAGGCAACAAGAAGAGGCGGAGGGCGAAACCGACUUCCCUCUGCUGCGAUGGGAGGAUAGCAGCCACGAUUGCAUGCUCUUCUCGAACCGUCAGCACCAGGUUUGUUUCCUGUCCUCGCAACCUUCAAGGCUGCGUAUCUCGAUGCACCCUGGGCUGCUGCAGCUUUUAGAGCGAAACCGCGUCUCAGUGGGCGAAUCACUGGAUGCCUUAUCAGCGGACCACACCAAAGUCUUAGGUUGCCUUACCGGAGUGAACCGGACGCUCGCAGACGCGGCCACCCUGCUGGAUGGGAAGUACUGCCUCACAGGUGAUGCGGUGUUGAAGAUGUUGGCGAUCUUCGUGCGCAUGCGAUGUGGUCUCCCUGUGAUCCUCAUGGGUGAAUGUGGCUGUGGCAAGACGGAACUUGUCCGGUACUUGUGCGCCUGGAUGCGUUUGCCCUUGCUCACGCUCAAUGUGCACGGUGGCACCACCGAAGAUGACAUGGAUCAGGUCUUUCGGGAGGCCAGGACGAUGGCGGAGGAGGAAAGUGCCAAGGACGGCUUGGUGGUCUUCUUGGACGAGAUCAACACCUCUCAGCAUGUGAACAUGCUAUGCGAGGCGGUGCUGGAACGCUCCUACCGUGGCUGCGCCUUGCCGGAGACGGUGACGGUGCUGGCGGCCUUGAACCCGCGCCGGAAGCGGCCACAGGCCCAAAUGACGACGGGCUUGGUCUAUGGCGCGGGUGGUGCAGAGGAGGAGAUGUCCAGCUUGGUGUACCGAGUUCACUCGGUGCCCGAGACGGUGAACGACUUCCUCUUCGACUUCGGAGCGCUGACCAAGCGGGCGGAGGAGAUGUAUAUCCGUUCCAUGGUGCAAAAUUGCUGGCCUGAAAGCCCAGACCGAGAGCAGGUCUUGGUCACCAGCCUUCUGGGCCUGGCUCAGGACUUCAUCCGGUUCCACGAGGGCGACCCGUCGGCGGUCUCCUUGCGCGAUGUGAAGCGGUGCUUGCGCGUGGCCAAGUGGAUGCAGGAGCGCUUUGCCAAGAAGAGCUCCACCGGAUCACCCCACGCGCCUUCAGUGGUAGUAGCCGUGGCCCUGGUGUACCACUAUCGCCUUCCAACCCGCGAGAGGCGACACCAGCUCUGGGUGGAUCUGACGCGACGGAGCUUGUGGCCGCCGGAGAGUGGCGUCAUGAAGAACCGCGGCUGGGAGCCGCUGAAGAAGACCAAAGAGGAGAACGGGCUCACAUCGAUGGAGAAUCUGCUGCUGCGGGUACAAGCGAAUGUGGCCAAAGAGUUUGAAGUCGAGAAGGAUGUCGUGAUGAACGAGGCCCUCUCAGAGAAUGUCUUCGUCGGGCUCUUGUGCAUCAUGAACCGUAUCCCUCUCUUCAUCGUUGGCAAGCCAGGCACCUCGAAGACCCUUUGCAUGCAGGUCUUGCUGAGCAAUUUGCAGGGCAAGCAGUCCAAGUCCAAGGUCUUGCAAUCGCUACCUGCCCUACGCAUCAUGCAGUAUCAGUGUUCGCCGCUGUCCACGGCCGAUGGAAUUCAGCGUCAGUUUGAUGCAGCUGGACGCUUUGCAUCCAAUGCGCUGGAUGCCCAGGUGGUUCUCCUGCUGGAUGAAGUGGGACUGGCAGAGUUCUCUCCGGACAUGCCUCUGAAGGUCUUACAUGGCAUUCUCGCUGAACCGGGCACAGUGGCUGUGGUAGGCCUCUCCAAUUGGCGCUUGGACCCCGCGAAGAUGAACCGCAGCGUGUGCUUGGCGCGCCCGGACCCCGACAGUGCGGAGGUCGGACGCACAGGUGCCGGGCUUCUGAGUGAGCUCAGCGACGACAAGACGAAGAAGGAUGCGCCAGCCUGGCUUGCAAGCCUGUCUGAAGCCUUCUGGAGCGUUUUUGCAGAUCAAGGUGCCCGGGACUGGCUGGGCAUGCGCGACUACUACGGCUUCGUGCGUGCCGUACGGGACGGGUGCCUGCGGGCGAAGACGGAGCAGCCCACUCAUGAGAUCUUGUCCUUUGCGAUCCAACGGAACUUCGGCGGACAGCCAGUGCUGCUGGAACGGAUGAUGCAAGCAAUGUUGCCGGCAGGAGCUGGUGAAAUGGCUUAUCCUCUCACCGAGCUCUUGUCCACCAGCUUGGCCGACAGGAAAGCGCGACACCUUUUGCUGGCCAGUCAGGGGCCCGCUUUGCCAUGGCUGCAGGCGGCCUCGGUGUUGCCGAAGGAUGCGGAGAUCUUGUUGGGGAGCGAUUUCCCAGAGGACGCCUUGGAGGCCUAUGCCAUUCGACAGCUCAUGCGCGUGAGAGAUGCCAUGGCCAAGGGAAGAAGCCUGGUGCUUUACGGAAUGGAUGUGAUCUAUGAAGCCCUGUAUGACGUGCUGAACCAGCGCUAUGUGCGACGUCGGACCGAGGACGGGGAGAUCGAAUUGAUGCUCCGCUUGGCCAUCGGCGCUCGUUCCCAGCUGUGCCCCAUGGCCGAGAGCUUCAAGCUGUUGGUCUUGGUGGACCAGGAGCAAGCGUUUAAGCAAUUGGAUGUGCCAUUCCUCAAUCGCUUCGAGAAGCAGCUGGUCCAACCUGUGGAUUUGCUGCCCCCCGACAGGCGUUCAGCCCUGGCAGAGUUGGACCUCUGGUGCCGAGCGGUGGCUUUGGAGGCCGCCUGCGAGGUGGUGCCCGGUGGCCUGGCGAAGCAGGGCGCCCUGGCGGCGCUCAUGUUGGCCAGGCCGACGGCCUCCCUGGAGGAGCUGCAGCGUUGCAUCUUCGACAUGGCGCUGCCCUUGGCCGUCUUUCGCUCCAGCAGCCUGCAGCAGAUGCAGCGUAAGGAAGAGGAAUACUUCGAGGUGCGCCGCAGCAUGGCCGACGCCCUGCGCUACGCGCAGACGCUCGGCACGCUGUGCGAGGUGGCGACGAGCUCGCCGAUGGCUCACAUGCCACCGGUGCGAGAGCUGGCAGACGUGGGAGGCACGGAGAUCAUCCCGGUGGCGCAGCUGAGCGGCUCGCAGCAACUGGAGGAUAUCUUGGAGAAGUUUUUUCUGGAAGCGGAAGCGGACGCCACGAAGACCAGGAGCCUCGUGUUGCAAUUGGACGCUCUCAGCAGUGUAUCCAGGUUGUCGUUGACCAGACAUUGCUGUACAGUGGCUCGCGCCAGGCACCAAGCUGCACCCAAUGCGCACGUCUUCCUGGUGCAGCAUCGCGCUGGUUGGAGUCCGGAGCACGGUGCGACAGGAUACACCUGGCAGCCGGAGCUGGGAUGGAAUUCCAUCUUUGUGGAUGACUUGCAAGGCGAAGGCCGGGAGACUGGAGAAGGUUCUGCCUUGGUGGGACAGUCAUUGAAGGACUUUCUUCAACUCUCUGUACAUGAUCUCCAACAGAAGAAUCGCAUCCCUUCCUUGGCGCAGAUCCUCUUGCGCCGUGGCAGCAGUUGCGUGGCCCGCUGUGUACAACCGGGAGUGAACUUGGAGUUCUUGGCGGAGCGCCUACGCGCCGUGGAGAAGGCGCUGGAGGAGUUGCCAGCCUUCCGCCAGGCGGUGGAGGCCUUAGCGAUGCUGGUGCUCUCUCAGUGGACCUCCUCCAGUGGCCUCCACCUGCACGUGAAGCUGGCGAUGCAGGAGAUGCGCUUUGGUAGCCUCAGAAAGUCAGUGUGGCUCUCCAUCGAACGCUUGCAGCUUUCAGCGCUCACGCACGCCCUGCGGUGGAUGGACAGCGACUUCAACCUGCGGCACGUGACGCAAGCGACGCCCAAAGCCUUGCGCUUAUGGUUAGCCUUGGUGGCCAGCUCCAGCCAAUCAGCUGCUCAGGUCAUGAGCGCCGCCUUACGUCCCGGUGCCGCACUGCAAGGGCCGGCACCCGUGCCCAACUCGGGCCGCUUUGGGCCGCUGGAGUGUCGUUGCCCCUUCUCUGCCCGCAUCUUGACCCAGUGCGCUGCUGUCGCCAGCAAUGUAGAAGAACGAGACCCCAUACGACUGCAAACGCUUUGCACGCAGAUCUUUGGUGAGGAGGCGAUGAAGGCCUUCAAGGACUUUGAGGACACAGAUCCAGGUGCGUUGUUGCAUGAUGCUGUGUCCAUUUGGGCGCCAAUCUAUCCCUUCUUGAACUUCGAGCUCAUGCUGAAGGUCUACACAUUAGCCUUUCAGAACAAAGCUGGUUCGUCUCCCUCGCAGUCUCCACUGGAGUUGGUGGUAAUCUUUCAAUCCUGCAAACAAUUGGUCCAAAGCGUCUGUUCGGUUCUCUCGUUGGUGGAGUCCAGCUUUGGAGAGGGGGAGGAGAAUGAGGCCUCGUUGCGGAUCUUGGACUCGGUUCAUGGCUCCUUGCCUGGCAGCUUGGUGCAAGCCGUUGGCACCUUACCCGCCACCGCGGAGUGGGUCGACCGUGCACAGCCUCACGUGCAGAUGUUGCUCUUCCUGGGCUCCACAGACGAUGUCCUUUCGAUGGCGUCCGCCUGGUACCGACUCCGACUGAAGCUGCAGUUCCAGUCGGUGCUCGGGGAGGAGCGUGUCAAGGACAUUCCACCGAUCUCCUCGGCGCAGGAGUUGCUGACGCAGGACUUUUGGCGUAGCACUGUGAGUUCCUUGCGGGACAUGACCAGGAUGAGCCAGGAGCCAGCGAAGAGCAAGGAAGAUCAGACUGCAGAAGCAGAGGUGGCGCGGGCCUUUUGUUCGGGCCUGGCGUUGCUGGAAGACUUCCUGCGGCUCCCAACGGCCCUGGCAGCCCUGGAGGCCUCAGGUUUGGCUGAGGUCGUUUGGUCCUCUGUGAUGCAAGAAGAUCCAACCAACUUUCACCUGCAGAGGCUGCCCACAGAGUGUGCCAAGUCCUUGUUGCGCUGGCUCCACUUGGACCCCGUGAGCAAGGUCUUGAAGUCGACCACCUUGAAGUCGAAGACCUUACGACUCUACAUGAACUUUCUCGAGGACGUGCUUGAGUUGGACACUUGCAGAGACAAAGACAUCGCUGAGGUUCAGACCACGAGAACAUGCUCUCCGAAUCUUCUUCGUGCUGCUGUACGUUUGCGUCGAAGCCUUUGCCACUAUGCAAACAGCCUCGUGGGCUCUGGCGUACCACCACCGGCGCCGGCGGAGCUACAAGAGCUGCUGAAGAGGAACAAGUCAGCUGCGCUGUUUGUGGCCAAGGCCAUUCGCCGCCGAGGCGGCGAUUUGGAGCUGUGCCGCCUGGCCAUCGUCCAUGAAGGUGCAUUGCCAUGGUUUCCUUUGAACCCGGCGCGGCUGCCGAACCUGUCGAACGACCUGCCAGAUCCGUUUGUGAAUUUGCUGCCGAAGUUGGACGAGACCUUGAAAAGGUACAAUGCCCUUUGCAGUGCUGCAGGGCUUUGUGCGAGCUCUCCCAACGACCAGGCUUUCAAGGAGGCAGUGGCUCGGGCGCUUCCCGGCGUGGCGAGCGGGCGGAGAACCGCCAUGGUGCUGGGCGCCAUUACGUCCCGCGUCUUGUUGAACCGCCAGGUGGCCAUCGAGGAAGGUCUGCGGAAGCUGAAGGAGUGGACCACGGAGAGUCUGAAUGAGGAGACCAAUGUGAGCAGGAGGAGCAAGCAGGCGCUCGUUGACCGAAUGUUUGCUGGCACUUUGCUCCCACACGUGAAGGACUUGGCCGUGGAAGAUCCUGAGAAGCCCUCGAGGAAAUUUCUGGAGCAGAUGGCCUCCUUGCUGUGCCUCGUGCUGAUUGACUCGCAAUACGCCUCCUCUUGGCUCGAGAUGGUUCUGACGAACCCAAAGGAAGCGAAGCGGCUCUACUGGCCGACGAUGCCUGAGAGUGAGGAGGCAGCGGUGAUUGGUGCCAUGGGCUAUGUGGGCUGGUAUACCUGCCCGCGUGGGCACCCCUACUCCGUGGGCGAGUGCACGCGCCCCAUGCAGCUGGGCCGCUGCCCGGUGGUGGGUUGCGGCGCCCCCAUUGGCGGCGAGUCGCAUCGCAACGUGGAAGGCGUGAGGACCGUGAACCAGGAGACACUCACGCGGAAGGCGCAGCCGGGCUUCAUCGCGGCCACGAGCGACCUCUUGGAUGAGACGAUCGUGAACCAGUUUAAUCGGCAGCUGAACAUGCGCGGCUUGAAAUCCUUGCGCUUAGUCCUGCAUGUGGCUUUAUGGGUCAGCUUGGGAGGCGACCAGUACGGCAUCGCAGCCGAGGUCAUCGAACCCAACUCCGGUGCCAACCCAAGGAGGGCUGCGGAGCACCUCUACAAGCUGAUUUGCGAGGAGUGGUUGGAGUUACUGCGGCGCACGCGGCUGCCCAGCCGAGAGCUUUGUGCCUGGCUCCACUUGAGCGUCCUGCGAGCUGCCGAGACAUGCUUGGCGCAACGCAAGCUCACUACUGAGUCAGAGCGACUGAAGUAUGAGCAAGACUUCCAGGUGGCCACCGAGAAAGCCAUGUUUCAAGGCAUGGGUGGAGAUGACCGCAGGCGAAUGGAUGUGGGCACUGACUACACCGGCGCUGCGUCAGCUGGUUUUGGUCAUGAUUGGAAGGAGCUUUGUGAUGGAUGGGAUAACUCCGUCUAUGACUCGAUGGACACGGCGCUUCCGAAGGUGCUUUGGUACGGCCGCGCGCCCGUGAGCAUGGACGAGUUCGAGGAGAGCUUCUUGGCGCGCGCUGAGCAGCGGAAGCGGCACCCCUUGCUGGCGCUGGUCUUGAAGCAGAAGAGGCGUCUCUCGGCCUUGAAAGCCUUGCCGCCGUUGCUCGCUUGGCACGCGGUGCUCUUUGAGGCGUUUGAGGAUUUCUCCCUCACACGAGAAGAGGCUCGGCAGUUGAGCAAUGGUGAGGCCAUCACAAGGCUGCCAGAGCAUUUGCAAGCCCAGGGUCGCCAGCGACUCCAAAGCUUUUGCAACGCCUUCAACGAGGCCUUCCCCCUGGUGGAGCGCCUCUUCGAAUGCGAGGCGAAUCCAUUUCUGCUGGACGGCCAUGUGCAUCUCCCUGGUCUCAUGACUGAGGAGACCCCAGUGAUUUUCUCGUUGCCCUACGUUGCCCCCGCCGGGGAAACAGAGGCACCAUCCUUGUGUACCGUGCAGCUGGCCAAUGUGCUGCAAGGCGCACAGAAUGAGCUGGUGGAGGAGAAACACGCAAAAUGCGCCUCUGCCGCGCCGCUGAGACCAGCUGAGGCUCUUGAGGCCGUCCGCGGCGCGGCCGACGCCGCUCACGGCGCGACGCUCACGGCGCAGACGGCGCCGGAGGCGCUGGAGGCGCUGCUGGCGUCGCUGGAUCUUCAGAAGGUCUUGCUCCCGUUGCUGCAUGAGUUCCGGGCGGAGUCCUUUGUGCUCGAAUAUGACCUGGAGCGCUUGGAAGAUGCCUUGUCGCGGCGCCUGCGUGGUGCGACGCGGAUCCAGGUGCAGCUACGACAUGUGCGUUUCGGAGGCGAACUGAAGGACUCCGGACGCCUCGCGGUGCUACGACAGAAGUUGCCACAAGAGGCACUGCCCUUUGGAAUGGUGGAGGAACUCCGCCGCGAGCUGCAACGCGGCACUGGAGCCGCUUCUCCAGCGCCGUUGCGGGCGCUGUUGGAAGACGCGAUCCACCUUUGUUUAUCUCUUUCCUUCGGCGACAGUGCUGCUGCCCAAAGAUCUCUGGCAGAGUUGCUAAGAACCUCGGGAGAGAGUGAGACGAAGGUGCUACCAGCAGCGCUGAAAGAGGCCAAGUUAUGUCAUUUGCAAGAACUGUAUAUGGAACUGGUGAAGUCGAACGAAGCGGGUGAUCCACUGGCGGGGGUGGCUUUGGCCUACCAGGAGCCCUUGGAUGAAGAGCUCCUCACAGCUCUCAAGGCUGUUGCUGAGGACCUCAAGGAGUGGCUGCCGGUACUUCACGAUCUCUUAGCAAAGCAGUUGGUGGUGGAUCGAUUUCCAGCAGGCAGUUCUUUGAAGGAGUUCCUCAGCUUCGCAGCAGGUGAGGAUCCUCCGAGCUCCUUCCCCGAACAGCUGGAGCUGCGACAUGCCUUGUCAGUGCAUCGCAGCCUCGCGGAGCUCCACACCAUCGCAGCGUGAGGGCGCGUUGUUUGCUUCUCAAGCAACGGAGCUGUGAUGGACCCAGAUCACGGGAAACAAAUCGCC